CUAGAGACUGAGCGUAAGCGUGCAGAAAAUAGCGUUUUUAUUUAUUAAAGCCAUUUAUCUGCAUAAAUAAAUGCAAACUGGCAACACUAAUACAAAUUAACGGCAGAAAAAAGUGUACAAGCAAACAACACAAACAAACGCACUUUGCGCGCACACACACGUAAUAGACGGCCAAGAAAGCACAAGUUAAAUGAAAGGUGCAAAAAUAAAUACGCCUGAAGGUGCAACAACAACAAUAACAAGAAAAGCAGCGACGUCAGCAGUCAGUGUGCUUAAGCGGCGCCAACAACAACAACUGGAGAGUACUCAGCGUUAAACCUUAAUUGCCUUGGCUCGCUUGGCGACGCAGCGCAUGUGUGCGGUACAUACAUAUGCGGGAAAAUACAAAUACACAAACAAACACACACACACACAGGCGCAGCCGUGCUUGGCUUGCUGUGAGUUCAUCGGACAGCCCGGCUUGGCAGCUGUGUUGUGGCGCAAGGCAAGUUUCUUGCAAGCAGCAAAGUUUAAAGACAUUCUGUUGAUUAAGCGGAAAGUUUAAAAACCAACAACAACAAAAAAAACACACAGUGAAAUACUUGCAAAGUAUGUGUGUAAUGUAGACGGCGACAUGUGGCUCUCGCUGUAUCGUUGUGCGUGUAAGUUAGGUCGUCGUAAAACUGCUAGUUGUUUGGGUCACUGAGCGCCAACACCAACAACAACAAUAGUAAAAACAACACACGUAUAGGUGACAAAUUUAGCAACAGCAUUUCAACUUUAACCUCGACAAAGUCAAAAGAGCGCCAGCAAAAUGAAUGCAGCACAGAGUGGCGGCCACACGAGUGGCUCGAUGGGCAAGAAGGGCUCGCAAAUGGAGGAGUUGGUUGCCAUCUCGCCGGAACGACGUAAUUGGCGUGGCAUAUUUAUAGCGUUGCUGGUAAUAGCAGCAGUCUUCAGUCUCAUAAUUUUCUCCAUUUUCCUGCUGUCGCCAGAGGAUGAAGGGUUGCGCAUACGCGGCCGUCACAUGGUGCUGCCAGACAUUUUAGGCAAAAGUUUGCAGUGGAAGCCCUUCAACGGCACUUGGAGCAGUGACAUUGAACUGAUUUACCGUGACCCCACGGGCGGCUUAUCGAUAUUAAAUCUAGACAAUUACACAACGCGGGUCCUAAUGACCAACUCAACAUUCCGCCAGCUGAAUGCUGAAUCGUUUCUCGUAUCGCCCGAUCAGAAGUAUGUGCUGCUGCAGUCCGACAGCAAUGCGGAAGGCUCCAGACAUCACGUUUACGAGGUGCAGACAGCGAACACCUUUCCGCUGGGCCCCACGGAGAACAUAGCGGAGCCGCCGCGCCUGCAAUAUGUCACAUGGGCGCCCAACGUGCCGCCCGCGCCAGCCACAACCACAACAAGCACCACCACGACCACCACUACAACAACCAGCACAACCACAACAACGCGCGCACCAACCAACACAACAACAAAUGCGGCACGUACAGCGAACGGCGCUGCGGCAGCCGCAGCCGUGAAUGCCUCAAGUGGUGGCAGCAUCUUGCUGAGCAGCUUGGCGGGCGCAGCGACCGGUGGCGGUGUGGGCAAGCCGCCGCCAAGUAAUUUUCAAUAUCCGAAUGGCGGCGCAGUGAAAGCCUUUCCACAAAAUCAGGCAAUCGCCUUUGUGUACGAGAAUGACAUCUACUACAAGCCGAAGGUUCAAGGCGAGCUGGUGUGCCGCAUUACAACAACAGGUCGCGCUGGCGUCGUCUACAAUGGCAUACCGGAUUGGACGUAUGAGAACGUGCCGGAGCUGAAUGGGCGCAGCAGCGGUCUCGCCUUCUCACCGGAUGGUCUAUUUUUAGCCUUUCUCACAUUCAAUGACAGCGAUGUGAAUGAAUACAAGUACACCUGGAUGGGCGACGAUAUCAAGUACCCGGCUGUGCUAACACAACGCUACCCCAAAGCAGGCGAAGCCAACCCAAAUGUCACCGUGAAUGUGGUGAAUCUCUCCGUCCUCAAAUACAUCUUCCCCACACAAAUCAAACUUCCAGCCGAUCUCUCGAAUGGCAGUUACAUUGGCGCACUCACCUGGGCCACACCCAUUGACCUCUCCGUAACGAUCACCAAUCGUGGUCAAACGAAAGCUACAACGGUUGUUUGUCGCGCACCAGACUUCCAUUGCCAUCCCGUGCACACAGAAGUUACGGUUAACGAUGGCUGGGUGCUACCAGCUGAGCGGCCCAUAUUUUCCGCACGCAAUAGCGCAAAUCUCAAACGCAACCAACAACAAUUGCUCGCCAAUGGACUGAAUGGCAAUAAUAGCUAUCACAAUGUGAGCAACGGUCAGACCACUUAUGAGAUUUCGCAUGGCGGUUACCUGCUCAAACGUCUUCCGGUACGCGAUGGUGAACACGGACACUUUCGACAUGUGGUCUUCAUCUCUUCGCUGGAUCGCCGACCAGUGCCGCUUACAAUGGGACGCUUUGAAGUCACCGAACUUUUGGGUUGGGACGAACCGCAUGAGAUUGUCUACUUUAUGGCGGCGCCAGAAAAGCGUCCAGGUGAACGACAUCUCUACAAAAUCAGCCUCAAGUUGAAUGAGACGCAAAGCAAUCGCGCGUAUAUUACUUCAACACAGCCGACAUGCUUGACCUGCGACAACACGAUAUCCACUUUCCGACUGACUGCGCAGGGUAUACGCGUAGAGGACGCUGAAAAUCGUAGCGACGAUGAGACCGAAUGUUACUAUGAUAUACCGAAGAACUGUCUUUACAAUAAAAUCUACUUCAGCAAAGAUUACUCGCACUAUGUGCAAGAGUGCCUGGGUCCAGAAUCGCCCAGUGUCUAUAUGGUGGAGACACAGAGCAACAUGAAGACGUAUAUACUCAAUGCGGGUCACAGUCUGCGCCACCGCCUGCAGCAGCUCGCUUUGCCACAAAUACGUACGUUCAGCGUAGAGAUACGGCACGGUUUCCACGCGCAAGUGCGUCUCUUCCUACCGCCGGGAAUGCGCGAGGACGAAGAGGUCGCCUUUCCGCUCAUACUGCACAUCAACGCGGCACCCGGUUCACAGCUGGUCACCGAAAAGUAUCAAGUGGAUUGGAACUGGUAUUUGAGCAGUCAACGCUCCAUGAUUGUGGCGCAAAUUGAUGGACGCGGCAGCGGCUUCCAGGGCGAACUGUUGCGCACACAAGUGCACGGCAAGCUCGGCACCGUCGAAGUGGAGGAUCAACUGGGCGUAUUAACCUACCUGCGCGAUAAUUUGAAAUUCAUUGAUCCGUCACGUAUUUGCGCCUACGGCUGGGGUUACGGCGGCUACGCGGCCACCAUGACGCUCAUCGAUGACUCGCACCAGGUGCUGCAAUGCGCUGUGGCCGUCAACCCGAUUGUCUCCUUUGGCUAUCACUACUCAUUUUUCACCGAACGUUAUAUACCGCUGAAGGGCGAUUACUUGCGCGCUCUGCAGGAGGCCGAUUUGACCAUGAAGGCUGGCAAUAUUAAGGGUCGCAAUUUGAUGUUGAUACACGGCACGGCGGACAGAUUGGUGCAUCAGGAGCACACGUUGAUGUUGGUGCGUGCGCUGGUGGAUCAGCAAGUCAAGUUCAGACAUCAGGUCUACCCCGAUGAGGAUCAUGCGAUGACGAAAUCACUCAAUCACGUCUAUAAAACAAUGGAAUGGUACUUUGAUGAGUGCUUCGGACCCAAUGACGACAGCGAAUGGGAUCCGACGGGACUGUUUGUGUUCAAACAAUAAUUAAUCAUUCACAGUGGUGAAGAGGUCUAUUUGUAGAAGCAAGUACUAAGUAGUUGCAUAAAUUAGUGUGAUUAGAGAUUCUAUAGGAAGCACGAAAAAAACAACAAUUUAAGCGAUUAAAGAGAACAAGGCGUUGCAACAACAAUAUGCAUAUGCAUGUAGUGAUGAGUGUUAAGGGAGUACGCUGGGCAUGUUGGAGCAUAUAUGUACUCAUGUGUCAUAGGUGAUCAAAGCGGAGAGAGUUUGAGUACUCGUUCCCCGGACUAUAGAUUUUGUGCGAAGCGUCAGCGCGUUGGCGCGUUCUUAACUAGGAAAAUUCAAGUUUUUUGCAUUUUUGAAAAAAAAAAUAAAAUUAUAAAUUAGUUUUUAUAUUUGCAGGCUAAGCAAAAACAUUAAGCUAAAUAACAAAGUUGAUUAGAAACCAAGCUUAAGUUAUAUAACACUAAGUGUAAGUGGGUAUGUGCGAGAAAAAAUUAUGAAAAAUUAAACAAAACAUAAUUAUUUGAAAAAAUAAUACAUUUUUAAAAAAUGAAAGCUAACUAAAAGCUAACGAGUAGUGAAGGCAAGCAACGUGAUUAAUUUGUGCGACUGAUUAUUGAAAUAUGCGUAAACACAUUUAAUGAGCAUAAAUAAACAUUUUAAUUAACAAAAUUUAAAUUCAAAAUAAAUUAAAAGAAAAAUAAUAAAAAAUAAAAUUAAAAAAAUAACAGAAAAUAAAAAAAAAAUUAACGAAAAAUAAUAAAAAAUAAAAAUUCAUGAUAUUAAAUUAUGAUAAUGAAAGAAAGAAAACAAAAAAAUAAUUAAUUAAACUAAGUGAUUGCAUUGAGUUAACGGUUUAUCAUAUUUAACGUAAAUUAUAUAUAAAUUUA